GAAGAGAGUCUGCCAAGGAACCAGCAACAAGCUGACCCAGCUUGCCAACGAUGAAGAACAUUACAAGACUCUGAGGAGGAUGUACGAGGGCUGUGAGAUUGUGCUCAGCAAUCUAGAGAUCACCUAUAUGGAUCAUUUUCACAACCUCACUUUCUUGAAGAGCAUACAAGAGGUGGGUGGCUACGUGCUGAUAGCAAUGAACACAGUGAAAAGUAUUCCACUGGAGAAUCUCCGGAUAAUCCGAGGAAACCCCUUACAUCAAGGUUCUGCACUGGCAGUUUUGCUAAAUCAUAACCAUGAACGAGGACUGGAAGAGCUGCCAAUGAGAAAUUUGACAGAAAUUCUACAGGGAGGAGUAGAUUUCAACAAUAAUCCUUAUCUGUGCAACAUGGAAACUAUUCAGUGGGGCGACAUUGUACCUGAAGGAGUUUCUAGACAUUUAUUAAUGUUUUUCCCCACUUUCAUAGGCCCCCGAUGUCAUUCCAGUUGUUCAGGAGCUUGUUGGGGUCCUGGACCAGACAAUUGCCAAAAAUUAACUCGGACCAUCUGUGCGCCACAGUGCUCUAGACGGUGCAAAGGGAGGGAGCCCAGUGACUGUUGCCAUACUCAAUGUGCAGCAGGAUGUACAGGUCCUGGAGACCGCGACUGCUUGGCAUGUCGCAAUUUUUUGGAUGAUGCAACCUGCAAGGAUUCUUGCCCACCUUUGCAAAAAUAUGAUGCUUAUGAUUAUCAGAUGAAGACCAAUCCAGAUGGAAAAUACAGCUUUGGCGCAACCUGCGUAAAGAAGUGUCCACAUAACUACUUGGUAACGGACCAUGGCUCAUGUGAUCGCUCGUGUCCUGUGAACUCUACCGAGGUAGAGCAAGAUGGCAUUCGAAAAUGUAAAAAAUGUGAUGGCCUGUGUAGUAAAGCAUGCAGUGGGAUUGGAAUAGGCGAACUCAAAGAUGUCCUCGCUGUCAACGCAUCCAAUAUCCACAAUUUCAUAAACUGCACCACCAUCAACGGCCACCUCUCAUUUCUGAAAGUAUCAUUUUCAGGCGAUACGUAUACAAAAACACUUCCUUUGGAUCCAAAGAAGUUGGAAAUCUUUAAAACCGUUAAAGAAAUCUCAGGAUUUUUGUUGAUCCAGGAUUGGCCUGAAAAUUCCACUGAUUUGAGUGUGUUUGAAAAUCUGGAGGUUAUACAAGGCAGAACAAAACAUCAUGGCCGUUAUGCCAUUGCGAUCACUGGUGUGGAUAUAAAAUCUCUGGGAUUGCAUGCGCUCAAGGAAGUAAGUGACGGAGAUGUUGUGAUUUUGAAAAACAAGAAUCUCUGCUAUGCCAACACUGUGAACUGGACCACACUUUUCAAAAUAGACAAUCAGAAAACAAGAAUCGCCUUUAAUGGAAAUGAAACGGAGUGUGCUGCUACAGGACAUGUUUGCCAUCCUCUCUGCUCAGAUCACGGCUGUUGGGGCCCGGGGCCUUCCCAGUGCUUUUCUUGUAGUCAUUUUUCUCGCAACCGGGAGUGUGUGCAGGAGUGCAACGUUCAGCAAGGGGAGCCACGGGAGUUUAGGAACCUUUCUGAGUGUGUUGCAUGCCAUCCAGAAUGCCAAGUGGAAAAUUCAACGGAAGCAACUUGCACAGGACCAGGUCCCAGCUACUGCACAAAGUGUGCUCACUUUAUGGAUGGACAUAAUUGUGUUAGAUCCUGCCCUAAUGGUAUUUUGGGUGAAAAUGAUAUCUUAAUCUGGAAGUAUGCAGAUAAAGAUUCAGUGUGCCAGCUGUGCCAUCCAAACUGUACCCGUGGAUGUAAAGGGCCAGGGCUUGAAGGCUGUCCCAAUGGCUCCAAAGUCCCAUCCAUUGCCACUGGAGUCGUUGGGAGCUUGUUCGUCUUGCUUCUCAUCUUGCUGGGCAUCGGUCUCUUUAUGCGGAGGCGUCGCAUUGUCCGGAAACGUACCUUGCGCCGGCUACUACAGGAAAGAGAGCUUGUUGAGCCUUUGACACCCAGUGGAGAAGCACCAAAUCAGGCUCUCUUAAGGAUUUUAAAGGAAACAGAAUUUAAAAAGGUCAAAGUUCUUGGCUCUGGAGCUUUUGGUACUGUUUAUAAGGGGCUCUGGCUUCCAGAAGGGGAGAGAGUUAAAAUUCCUGUGGCUAUUAAGGAAUUGAGAGAGGCCACAUCUCCCAAAGCCAACAAAGAAAUUCUCGACGAAGCGUAUGUGAUGGCAAGCGUCGACAACCCCCAUGUAUGCCGGUUGCUGGGAAUUUGCCUGACAUCCACCGUUCAGCUCAUCACCCAGCUUAUGCCUUACGGCUGCAUCCUCGACUAUGUCCGAGAAAACAAGGACAACAUAGGUUCCCAGUACCUUCUCAACUGGUGUGUGCAGAUUGCAAAGGGAAUGAAUUACCUGGAGGAGCGUCGUUUGGUACACCGUGAUUUGGCCGCCAGGAAUGUCCUCGUUAAGACGCCCCAGCACGUCAAGAUCACUGACUUUGGAUUAGCCAAACUGCUCGGAGCAGAAGAGAAGGAGUAUCAUGCAGAAGGAGGAAAAGUUCCUAUUAAAUGGAUGGCCUUGGAGUCUAUUCUGCAUCGCAUUUAUACCCACCAAAGUGACGUUUGGAGUUACGGUGUCACAGUGUGGGAACUGAUGACCUUUGGAUUGAAACCCUACGACGGGAUCCCAGCCAGCGAAAUUUCCUCUGUCCUGGAGAAAGGAGAGCGCCUGCCUCAGCCUCCCAUUUGUACCAUUGACGUCUAUAUGAUUAUGGUCAAGUGCUGGAUGAUUGAUGCAGAGAGUCGCCCCAAAUUUCGGGAACUGAUGGCAGAAUUCUCCAAAAUGGCCCGGGACCCCCAGCGCUAUCUAGUUAUACAGGGUGAUGAAAGAAUGCACCUACCAAGCCCAACAGAGUCGAAAAUUUAUCGUACCAUAAUGGACGAAGAGGACAUGGAGGACAUUGUGGAUGCAGACGAAUACCUCAUUCCGCAACAGGGAUUUUUCAGCAGCCCGUCAAAUUCCCGGACACCGCUCUUAAAUUCGCUGAGUACUACCAGCAAUAAUUCUACAAUGACCACCUGCAUAGAUAGAAAUGGGCAGGGACACCCAAUGAGAGAAGACAGCUUCAUUCAGAGGUACAGUUCAGAUCCAACUAGGGUUCACCUGGACGACAGCUUUGACGACAGCUUCCUGCCUGCUCCAGAAUACCUGAACCAGCUGGUGACCAAAAAGCCGUCUGCUUCCAUGGUGCAGAAUCCGGUCUACAACAGCCUGUCCCCCUCUGUUGAUCCGAAAGUUGAGCCGGAGUCAAACCAUCAGAGUUCCCACAACACAGCACUGGACAACCCAGAGUAUCUCAACACCAGCUUAUCCCCUUUUGCUAACACCGUUUUUGACAGCUCCCCCUACUGGGAGCAGACCGCCAACUGCCAAAUCAACCUGGACAAUCCUGAUUACCAGCAAGACUUCUUGCCCAGGGAGACCAAAACAAAUGGCCUCUCUAAAGUCCCCGCUGCUGAAAAUCCAGAAUACCUGAGGGUAGCACCCCCCAAAAGUGAAUACAUCGAAGCUUCGGCGUGACCACUGAGAGAAGCUUCUGUUUGCC